AUGCCACAAGGACGGUCUCGUCUGCUCUCCGACAAUGAGCUCGUCUUCAGCGAUGUGUUAGCGCCAUACGCAGUACAUGUAAGUAACCUGUACGAGGCUCUUACGCGUAUUGUUGGUGCUGCGCGCCAGAAGAUCGCGUAUGUCAACCCCUCCAAUGGAGUCGAAUUCCAUGGCUGGAUGGUACCAGAUCCAGACAAGACAGCCAACGGCGUACUCAAAAUCACUUCCCGGAAGUACCACUUGUCUGAUCAAUCCAUCGAACGUCUCCGAGACUUCAUGAAGAACGUUCCUGGCCUGAAACUAAUGUCCAAUCCGAUUGCCCCACUGGUAUGCGAUCUCUACUUAUACGACGAGCAAGAAGACGUUUCUUACAACGUAGAGCACAAGGCUUACGGGGAAGAAAAUCCCCACAUCCCGCUUAAACCCCUGGACUCCGAUUUCGACCUAAAGUUGAACUGGCACUUCCUCUUGGUCCAAAAGGGAGAAAGCCUUGCUAUUCAUACCAGGUCUGGCGGUGACUCGGCGGACACGACGGCUCGUCUCAUCAGCAUGGUAGAGGAUGGAAGCUGCACAGACUUUGCUAGCAUAAUCAGGGAAAAUGGACCACAUGCCAAGGCGAGACUUCGCGAAAAGUGGAAGGAGGCCGACCUGUACGACGACACUGUCGACUUUGGACCCAUAGCGAAGGGUGAAAACAGCGAAGGAGGAACUCCAGGUUCGCACCACUCUGCUAUUGAAGUAGCUCUUAUGGGUCUUGCAUUUCGGGUUCAUAUCAACGAGCAGUGUUACAAAUUACGCAAGCAUGCAUGCAUACUCUUGCACAACCAUCCCGCUGCUGAUGCAGUCAUGGUCGAACACGAAUGGACCACCACAGAUCAGGAGCUAUACGAGGCUAGCGGCCUACUUCCCGUGUCACUAGUUGCGGGCGCAGCGGGUGCGAAGAGAUGCAUCCUACUCAAAUUCAUUCCGCACCACAGACCUGAGGCGGUCAAGUCGACUUCCGAGCUCUUCGAGCUAGCAGCCAACACAGGCUGGACGUUUCCUGUCUGUACCGCUCAAGACUUCGUAUUCGUCGCGAUGACGGGGGGGUUUGCUAUGCCUGAUCAGGUCCCCUGCUUAGACAACAUCGCUCUUCUGCCUUCCUCUUUGACGACUAUCCUCCCACAGUCAAGAGCCUGCGUAACAUGCGAGGACAAAUCUCGUGUCAGGGAAUGGAAUUGGGUCCGAACCACUAUCGGGGGCUGCGAGCUCUCAAGGUCUAGCCGGGGAAAGCUUUUUUCCUUCCCUGCAUCGCCGUACAUCAAGUCUGAAGCCAAGCCUCUGAACAAGCUUUAUACUCUCAACGAUGGCUCCGUGCAUGAGUUCUUUCAUAAAGUCUUCAAUGCGAAUGACACGGAACUUACCACGAGUAUACAUGGCUCUUCUGGUCUGCUUCAGCGACAAUGGAACCAUGGGGAUAUGAAGCUCCACGAUGACAAUAAGGCUCACACAGCAUUUCGCCUGAUUCAGCGUGUCCUCGUGGGUAUGAGCUUGUCACGCACCCAGCAAAACCAACCUUUCGUCACCAAUUAUAACCAGGACUUCAGCAAGGUUUUCCUUCGACUCAAAGAGGAGAAGAACUGGUCUAAUCAUAUCAUCAAAUCGUCUACGAUGGCGGAGAUGGUCAAGGUGAAAGACCGCGGAAUCAAACUCCAAGAACUCAUCGAAAACUCGGGCUUGGCCACUGGAACUGUCAAAGUUUCCUGCGACGAGUGCCUUGGGGAAGACACAUGCACAUUCCUUCACCCGGAGAUCGUGUACACCCUCCCAGACGCGGAUUACUGUUGUGGAAAGUGCUAUGAGCGUCGGCUCCACUGCAAGUUCACCAAACUCCCCGAGGAUUUCUUGCAGAGUCUACGCACUUUACCGCUACUCCGAGCCCACGUACCUUGCCACGCUUGUUGGGAGAGCGGAAAAUUGUGCGACAACAACUCCGGGUCGUGCAAGAACUGUGAAUCAUCCAGUCUAACCUGCGAGAGGGUUGCUUGUGAGGCUUAUAAUGAGUCGAGAGACAAUUGGUUUUGUCCUCGCCAUUGCGACAAAGCCCAUUACAACGACGGUUACAGUAACGUUGUCGAGCACCCAAGACCACGGAGAGGCUACAAUGCGCAAAUUGCUGCACGAAAAGCAGUAAUUGAGACAGAUACACGUGUUUCCGUGUGCACUGAAUGUUGGCGAACUCGGGGCGACAAACUGUGUACCAAUGCCAAGAUCUGUCCACCAUGUACGAUUCGAAUCCAGAAAGGGGAUGCGAUUGCUUGCACGCGUAUAAGAUGCGCUGCGUACACGGAAUGCUCGGUCGACAAUUGCAAGUUCGCCCACCCUGCUCAACCGUUUGAAGCGGGCAGCCUAGUCGAUUUUGAACCCUUUCCACGGAGACGAUAG